AUGGGAAUUGCAAUGCUUGUUAAGGAGUAUUUCCCAGAACUAUUUUCUUCUUCCACUCCUUCAGAGGAGGUUUUGGCUAAGGUGGGUGGUGCUAUCUCUUCUAAGCUUUCAGUGGAUGACCUCCAGAUCAUUUCUAAGCCUUUUACAGAUGAUGAGAUAUGGGGUGCUCUUCGAUCUAUGGGCCCUUCUAAGAUUCUAAUUGAGGGCUCGUCUAUCAUGUCUUGUAAUAAAAUCAAUGUGGUUCUCAUCCCCAAAAAGGAUUCACCUGAGACUGUGGCAGAUUUUAGACCCAUUGGUCUAUGUAAUGUGGUCUACAAGAUUAUCAUGAAAACCAAUGCUAAUAGGCUGAAGGAGAUUGAGUCUACCAUUAUGAGAUUCUGGUGGGGAUCAACUUCUGGUGAGAGAAAGAUUCACUGGGUUAUGUGA